AGUUACCGAGUCGAUGUCACCAGGAAUGGCUCGAAUAAAAUGGAGCUCUACAUAGACUUGGACAUCAAAACCGAAUGCGAACUCAUCGCGAGCGACGUCAUCGAUAUGUCAGGCGGAAUGGUUCAGUCCGAGUUUACCAAAGUACCUAUUAUAUAUGACCUGGAUGAGCAUCAAGAAGGCUGGUGGAGAGAAAAUCAAGAGGCGGCUAGUGUUGAUCGUAGCCAUUCGCUGGAAGGUCAGCCUCCCCAUCUGUCACGCUUCCAUAGUACUACAUUAUUCAUCAACUCCCAAGAAAUGCCGGAAAAUGACACAGAUGACGCAGUAAAACGAGAUGGAUGUCGGAUACAUGGCGCAGUGGACGUGGCCAUGGUGAAAGGAAAUUUCCAUUUCACGGGUGGGGAAUUGAAGGCCAACACGGGAAAUAAGCACAUCCAUACCAACAUCCCUCUUGCCAAAAUGAACUUCACACAUCGCAUCCGACAUCUGUCUUUUGCACAUCCGGGUGAGCACUACCCCGAUCUUGUCAGCGGCCUCGAUGGAUCAGAUGCAGUCAUAGAAAGCAUGCUUGGGUCGACACAAUACCACCUGAAUGUCGUGCCCACCGAGUAUGAAUACGCCAGUGCCAGUAUUCUUUGGGACAAUGUAGGCUCGCAAGUCAAGAACUGGUACACGUACAGCUACAUGAAAGAUCCCAAAGAAGGUUUCCCAGGUAUUUUCUUUACCUUCGACAUCACUGCGCUGAAGAUGCAUGUAAAGGAGCACAACCGAUCUAUUCUUACUGCUAUAAUUAGACUCGUGGGGCUUCUCGGUGGCGUCUUUGCGACAUCUGAUAUGAUACACCGAUUCGUAAUUCGAAGUGUGGCCACUGUCAGAAGGCAGUCCACUGAUUUUCACUCUCUGCUGCGGGACAGUUCUUCCGGAUCGUUGAGCUCUGCAAGUGUCUUAGCAUUUGACAUGCCAAGUGCGCCAAAACCGGCAUAAGAACAUAAAAAGAGUCAGCGACUACCACACUGACAUCUACACAUAAAUAAAAU